AUGUCCAAGACUCCCAACCUUCUGCAAGGCCAUAGAUUCUUUGUCACGUUCUGCUACCUACCAGAUGAGCAGAUUAAGCUCCGAAGCCUUCUCGAACUUAACGGUGGCACCGUCGUGGAGACUGUGCAGGAUGCGGAUUACAUCGUUACGGAUACUUGGGAGUUUGAGGAUAAGGACGAUAUGCCUGAGAACUCUGCGCUAGUCACACGAAAAUGGGUAGAGAAGAGUUUAGUACAAGGGAAGCUUCUUGAACUGAAGGAAUAUUCUCCGGAUCCGUCCAAGUUAUUCUCGGGUGUGGUUGGUUGUGCGACCGAGUUACAGAGCUCAGACGUUGAGAUCCUAUCUACUGUGAUUGAGUACUUGGGCGGCAGCUGGCGGUCUGGCUAUACACGCGACGUCACCCAUCUCUUCGCUAUACGGGCCGGAUCUGACAAAUAUCAAACCGCGAUGCACUUUCAAAAAGAGACGGGCGUGAAGGUCGUCGUUCCUCACUGGUUCGACGACUCCAUACACUUCGGCUGUCGCGACUUGGAUACUACGGCGUACGAAUGGCCGAAUCCUGAAGUCCUUUCAGGUGGGCCGGCGGUUAACAGGAUCAAGCCCAUAAGAAGACCCGACCUCAAGGCUCUGCAUGAUUUGCCAGGAGAGAAGUUGGACCUCUACGAGAACGUGAUGGCGGCUGGCGAACCCUCUCACCAGAACCUGCCGAGGAGUCUGGUCAACGAUGUUUGGGAUGGACGGAAGAUCCUGUUAUCGCCUGACCUCGAAUUGUCGCCUGCCGGUCUGAAAGUGGUUAAGGAGAGUAUCGAGCGUUGUGGCGGCGAAAUAAUCGGAUACGGGGACGACUUUGACGCGGUGACGCUUGACCAAUUCGACGUUCUCGUCGCGCGACACCGCUGGGGUCACAUGUAUCUCCAGGCUGUGCGCGCGAAGAAGACGGUUGGCAGCUUAGCUUGGCUAUUCUAUGUCCAAUCUACUGGCGCGCUGGUCUCUCCCAUAGACCAACUCCUGCACUUUCCGAUACCGAAGAAUCCCGUGGCGGGCUUUGACAAACAGGAAGUCACCGUCACAAACUACACUGGACAGUCGCGAGAUUACUUGAAGAAGCUUAUCGAUAUCAUGGGCGGCAAGUUCACGGCCAGCAUGUCAGGCAAGAACACUGCCCUCGUCGCCGCGUAUUUGAACGGACAGAAGACCGACAAAGCGCAGGGCUGGGGCAUACCCAUCGUUAACCAUCUUUGGCUUGAAGACUGCUUCCUUCAGUGGAGGACAGUGAGCGUGGGGACGGAAAAGUAUGUGCACUUCCCGCAGGGCCUUAACUUCGCGGUACAACUUGGCCGAUCAGGGUUGGAUUGGCAGACCCUGUUGGACGGCACACAGGAUGUGGAGGAGGCGAUGGAGAAGGAUCGAUUAGCUCGUGUGAUGGCCGAGGCACAGGAUGGUCUGGAGGGACCGAAUGCGGGCGACGGCGCGGAGAUGGAAGUUGAUGAUGGUGACGAGGAGGCGCCUGCAGAUGAAGACGCCAUGGAUGUCGACGACGCUCGGCCGCCCACUCCACCACCACGGGAGGCACCCAAGCGGGGCGUCAAAGGGUCAGCGAAAACCACGCCUCGGCAGGCGCCUGGGACUACCUUGCGCAAGCCACCGGCGAGCUCCAAGAAGCAGACCUCUGAUGGUGAAGCCAGCUCUCACGAAGACGAAGACGUACAGUCCUCUCCUACGCGCAGACCCCGGGGACGGCCAAAGCGCUCUUCCUCUCGGUCGGGCAACGCACCCAAGCCGAAGCCCACCACGGCCUCCCGCCCGCGCAGGUCGACCGGUGGAAGAGCGAAAGCCGACGCGUCUCCCACCAAAUCUGCGCCACACGCUAGCGACACUGAUACUGACGCUGCUCCCGUGCCCUCUUCCUCCGCUCAGCGGGUCACCAGGUCGAUGAGCCGGCAGCGUGCUGAUGAUGAAGACGAUGAAGCCCCUUCGAAGCCACCCUCCCGCGCUGCCAAACCCAAACCGUCUACGAGAGCGCGAAAGGUGACAGUGCCGUCUGAAGACGAGGAUGGGGCGGAUGAGGCGGAUGUUGUGAACCCUCGCGGCAGGACACGCUCUCGUGCAGGUCCCAGUGAGCCCCCGUCCAAGUCCAAGGCGUCGGGGACCAAGUCCACCGCAAAAGGGAAGGGAAAGGCUCCCGAGUCCCGUGGUACUGCCUCUCGCUCAACGCGUUCUAAAGCCGCGCCUGUAGACAAGAACGACGAUCAUACGGACACGGAGUCUGAGGACGCUAGUCCUACGAAGGCUGCUCAGGCGCGGAGAACUGACAAGGCCAACGCGGCCUCUUCCCCGUCUAAGACGUCAAAACCGACGCGACGGCUGUCGGUCGUUAUGCCGCCAGUCGGUACCGGCCGUUCACUUUCCCAACAGUCCGUUUCUCGAAACGUAUCGCCGUCAAAGGACAAAGGCAAGGGCAAGGCGCUCCACAACAACGCCGCGGGCACCGCUACCGACUCGGACGAAGACGAACCUCCCACACGGACGGCUCCAUCUAAGACGCCCGCAAAGACGCCUGCGAAAUCUGUGCCUCAAGAUCUGACGACCCCUUCUACCGCCGGCCGGGCACGACGUACUGCUGCAGACAAAGCUACGCGGCGUCUACAUGACGAGAUCAUGCCGGACGUCAACAACUUCCAACAGCAGCUUCGCCGUGGCAACGUGCGAGCCCUAGGAGAGAAGGAGCGUGAAGCGGAGUCUCGUGCGAAGGAUAAGGGCAAGGACAAGUCGAAGAAUGAUGAGGACAAGAAGCGCCGGCGGGGAAGUGCGGACGAUGAGGAGGAGGAUGCGGAAGAAGAGGAAGAAGAGGGGCGCGAUGUCAAGAAGCCGCGAACAUCUACCAAAGGCAAGGCGAAAGCUGGCUCGGAAGAUGUCGAGGACUCGGCAAAGAAGCGUACGGGCAAAGGCCGGGCGAAAGCCAAGCUUGCCGACGGGAGUGACGAUGAAGGGGAACGGAAUCAGGUCCGUCUCAUGACUACCGGCUGGUCCAUGGCCGACGCCAUGGGCAAGAAGUUGCAGAAGCUCGGUAUGAAGCUCGUGUCCGACGUGAAACAAUGCACCCACCUCGUCACGAACCGCAUUGCGCGCACACCCAACUUCUUACUAGCGAUGGCCGUUGCCCCCAUCAUUGUGGACCAGUCAUGGCUUGAUGCCUGUGUCAAGAAGGGGCGCAUCCUGCCCACAGACGCAGGCGAAUAUGAUCUCAACGACCCUGCGACCGAAGCCAAAUACGACUUCAAGCUUGCGGAGGCUAUUAAACGGGCAGCCGACAACAAGGGAACCUUGUUCGAGGGUAUGACCUUCCACGUAACAAGGUCGGUCGAAGUGGACCACAAGGUCUUACGCGGCGCCAUCGUUGCUCAUGGCGGAACGAUGAUUGACAACGCCACGCUCAGUGAACGAACGUUGCAAGGCAAGAAGGAGCACUACGUGAUAGCUUCCCCGGCGGACGACAGGAAAUUCCCACUCCUCCUCAAAGGCGGCCAUACAAUAUACACGCCGGAGCUCGUCCUGACCAGUGCUCUCGUCCAGGAGAUACGGUGGGAUAACCCGGCCUCUAUCCUUGCAGCGCCCUGA